AUGGUCCCAAUCAUCAUCGGCGGAAUCUUUGAAACCAUUGGGUAUAUUGGACGCGCGCUGUCGCAUAACGAUCGGGAAGCUCUUGGUCCCUACGUCAUACAAACUCUACUCCUCCUUCUCGGACCCGCCCUUUUCGCCGCAAGCAUCUACAUGAUCUUAGGUCGCAUUAUCUUGCUAACGGAUGGAGAGCGAUACUCGUUAAUACGACGUACAUGGCUCACGAAGAUCUUCGUCGGUGGCGAUGUCCUCUCAUUCCUCACCCAAUCUGGGGGUGGCGGUAUCAUGAGUGGUGCAGACGAGGAUAACCCUGACAAUAUGAAGAUCGGGGAGAAGGUGAUCAUCGUGGGUCUCUGUAUCCAGGUUAUCUUCUUCGGAUUCUUUGUCCUCACGGCUUUUGUCUUCCAAAAGCGCGGACGCGGACAUCUCCUGGCAUUGGAGGGAUGGGUGCCAUGGAGAAAGCACUUAUACGUGCUUUACGGCACAUCGGUCUUGAUCUUAGUCAGAUCUGUCUUCCGAGUGGCCGAAUAUGCACAGGGUAAUGACGGGUACUUACUACGACAUGAGGCGUUUCUCUACGUAUUCGAUGCAGUGCUAAUGCUCAUUGUCAUGGCCUGGCUAAAUAUUGUUCAUCCUGGAGAGAUCGCCGAGGUUUUGAAGGAGAAGAAGAAGGCUGAGGGAAUAGGGAGGCAGCAUGAUAUGGAUCUUCUUGGUUACCAUGACAGUUCAAACAUCUAG